UUUCCCGGAAAUGAUUGGUUGGCAUUGGCAACGUUUUAGUCAGGUCUAACGGCGUACACCAAUCUCUGAAUAAAGAAAUCGAAAGGAAGGGCCAUUAAAAGAUUUCAACUGAGGACGUCUGAACCUUUGUAUUCUUCAUAUCCACUCACCAUAGAGGAGCGAGGAGUGAGUACAGACUGCAAACAGAAUGACCAGCUCAUCUGCUCCAAGGAUGGUGAAUAGUUACAAGCGGACUUCAAGCCCCCGAUCCCCUACUAACAGUGGGGAGCUUUUUACCCCAGCACAUGAGGAAAAUGUGCGUUUUAUACAUGAUACUUGGCAGUGUGUGCUUAGAGACAUCAGAUCAACACAAAAUAGUGAACGCAAUGACCGUGGACCACAGGAGUAUGUGGAGAAGAACCCAAAUCCUAACCUACAUUCUUUCACACCAGUGGACCUGAGUGACCUCAAGAAACGCAACACACAGGACUCCAAGAAGUCCUAGUCUUUCUCAAAAUGGCCCAGUCCCAUUUUUUUUGCACCCAUUAUCCUCAAGAACUUUUCCUCCAUCAGCCAGAAAGUCAGCCCUGUUGGCCCUUCUAGCACAGAAUGCCAAUAUCAUUUCUAAACUCUGGACCAUAGCAACCCCAGUCUCUUUUUUUUUUACCCUCUGCUACUGAGAAGAAAAGAAGUGGGAUUCCAGGGAGCACAAAUUCUCUCGUCUCUUGGUUUAUGUUUUUUGAAGUCAUAAAAUUGUCAUACAUACAUUCUUUAUGUGGAUGGGACUGAUGCAAACUCUCCACAGGACACAGAAGACUGCAGUCUUAAAUACAAACCCUAUUUUCUUUACUACUGCUACUUAUAUGACUUUGGAGGAAAAUGCGAAAGGGCUGACUUCUAUUUUUUUUUUCUUUUAAGUUUGUUUUGGAAGAUAGUUUCAGUGAUCGGUAAAUUGUAGAGGUAAUGUAAGGGUCACAUUGGAUACACACUUUAUGGGCAAGUUUUGGAAGCCAAAUGCAAUGUAGAAGGCCAACAUUUUUAUUCUAAAUUUUCUUGCCCUCAAAUGGACUUUACUAAGUAGAGACCUCCCCGAGUAUGCUGCCCUUGGUUAACUCCCCCCCUAAGCCUUGAAACAAAAUGUUGAAAUAAAAGACUUUUACAGUACUCCUGUGUGUAAUAUUGAUCCUCCAUAAAUAUCGACCAUGGAACAUGGAGAGAGGAAACUAAGUGAAAGGUACCCUGAAAGCUGUACUGGAAGGAAUUUCAUAAAGCUUGGAGAAUUUAUGCUGUAUCCUGGUUAUGCUCAUCUUAGAGCUGUGGCCAAUGAUUAUUUUCAUUAUCAAUUUUUUUCCCAAUCAAUUUAAUAAUAACUUUGUCCAUAACUUAUAUAUGCUUAUAUACAGAUAAUUAAUCAGGAAGUGGCAAACAAUU